AUGUCCCUGAUCCCAUUACACCCUCGCGAGGGUCGCGAGAUCGUCCUACGCCAUCGCAAUGCCGUUGUCGUUCGAGAUCCCGACUCCCAACGCCUCGAGAUUCGCGGCCAGACUCGCAGCCAGACAUGUCCGACAUGUCACCAGCCGCUCCCACAGGCCUCGGCCUCUGCCAACGACCACGGCUACGACCGGCCGCUCGAGGCGGCAGACGACUCCUUUGUCAAUCCCGAUUACUUUCGCAUGCUCCGCCACGGAAACUACAACUUCUUACCCGCCGCCGGACGAGCUUCGCACAGUCCGGUGCGAUCACUGCCGCGACCCGACUACGACGGCGGCUCCGGCCGCUUUCGAUCACCCGAGGUCCUCGAUGAAGAAGAAGACCUGGAACCUAGCCAAACGCCCGAGAAGCCGCAGCGGAGAGGAAGCAGGAUUCGCCGCGAAGCGUUCAGCCCCAACUACUUGAAGAGUUUCUUCAUCGAGGAGCGUGUCUUGGGCAAAGGCGGCAAGGGAGUCGUCUUGCUCGUCCGGCACGAAAUUGAUGGGUAUAAUCUCGGACACUUUGCGUGCAAGCGGGUACCUGUAGGCGACGACCACGAAUGGCUGGAAAAGGCCCUACUUGAGGUGGAACUGCUGGCCAGACUCUCGCAUGCGAACCUGGUGUCUUACCGGCACGUGUGGUUGGAGGAUGUACGACUAAACAUGUUUGGACCGCCUGUCGUGUGCGCAUUCAUUCUACAGCAAUACUGCAACGGCGGCGACCUGCAGCACUAUGUCGUUGGCGAGGCCCCGACGCAGACGACGAAAGAAGAGCUGAAAGCUCAAAUGCGACGCCGAUCCAAGGGCCAGCCCGAGCCACCGAAGAAUCUGACUGGAAACAGGUCUCAGCUCGUAUUGGAGGACAUUUAUUCGCUUUUCAAAGACAUCACAUCAGGCGUGGCCUAUCUUCACGCUGCCAAUUACAUCCACCGCGAUCUGAAACCCAGCAAUUGUCUACUACACAGAGAGAACUCAAGUCUCAGAUGCUUGAUUAGUGAUUUUGGCGAGGUUCAAGCAGAGCACGCGGCGAGGAAAUCUACAGGCGCCACGGGCACUAUAUCAUACUGCGCCCCGGAAGUCCUUAAGCUGGACCCGACGACUGGCCUUUAUGGCAACUUUACCACCAAGUCCGACAUGUUCUCGCUGGGCAUGAUUUUGUACUUUAUGUGCUUUGGCAAGUUGCCGUAUCGCAGCGCCAACGCUAUACAAGAAGAAUUGGAGGAUGUGGAGCUGCUCCGCGCCGAAAUCUCUGAUUGGAAGGGUUUCAAAGAUGAGCGACGCGAGAGACCCGACUUGCCCGCCAAGCUGUACACCCUGCUUAAGAAGCUGCUUUCUAUUGACCCCGCGGAGAGACCGAGCGCAACCGAGGUGCUACACGCAAUGAAGAGCGAGACCAAUUUUGACGCCAUGGGACGCCCAGACAGGGUUAAUCCAGUGCUGGGUGGCUUGCGUGGGAACCGAGUGCAGAAUCUUGAUUCCCCAGCUGUACCAGGGACACCACUACCAGAAACGACACAAAACACGAAUCGAGGCUCUCGGCUAAAUGAAGAUUCCAACGCCUGGGCCACCUCGGAGAGCGCUGACGCAAAUGCCUCGAUGAGUCUCGCUGACGAUCAUGUCAUCCAGCAGUCUCUCACAAUCUCCCAUCGAGACGUAAGCAGCUACGAGGAUGAAUCAGCAACGCCGACCGCCACGACCGCAUUUGCACCUCUGCCGCAGCACAUGUCCCGCGAGCACCACCGGCGGACACCCACGACGCCGCUCCUGCUUCCACCACCGCGCACCCGUUGGGCCGAGAUUGAGCACCGCAUCUCCGUCGCACUCUACCACGCGUGCCGCGCCGUGGGCGUCGAGACGCAGUCGCUCGUGUACGCCUUUCAGCUGGCCAUCUUUGUCCUCAAGACGGCGACGCUCGCGCGGCCGUGCUGGCCGUACGUAGCGAGCCCUCAGGUGUGCGCGCCGCUGCUCGUCGUCGCCACGCUCGAGCUGCUCUUUGCCUCGUCGCCCGUGAGCCACGGCAGCCGGCUGCGCAGCCAGCACCACUACCACGUCGGCGGGCUGUUUCAGGCGCGUGGCACGGGUGCCGUGCUCCUCGUGUUGCACUUUGCCACGCUGUGGCUCGCGGGCCGAUGGGAUGCCCUGUGCACCUAUGGCCCGCGCCAGGAAUGGGCCGAUUGGUAG